AUGGCUGAAAGAGAGAUAAUUCCAACCAAUUUUGUAGAGGAAAGAGCAAAGGAGAUCCAAUUCAUCGAGACGGCCAUAGAAAGCAAUAGAAAGAAGUCGAUGAUGUUUCAAAGGUUACCUUUCUAUUUGAGAAGGAGGCUCAGAAGUCAUGAAAAACGCAUAAAGAGGAAGAAGCAUAUGAGAAAAAAGGACCGCCACGGGCUAAGAACACAUGUAUGGUAUGCAAAAAGGUUUGAGAUGCUGAAGGUAUGGAACACUUCUAUCCCUCUUCGAAGGAGGAUGAAAAGUAGCAAGUUUAUCUACAAAUCUCAGAAUAGCCGAGGAUUUGUUUUUGAUGAAUCCUAUAAAGAUGUUGUUGUGUACAGCAGGCCGGACGAAGAGGUUUUUGGAAUAGACUUCGACCUUAAAAGCGUUGUUCAAAAUAUUAGGCAUGGCAGUAUAGUUUUUGAAGCAAUUGUCACCGAGAAGUUUUUGAUUAUCAUUACGUCUGAUCUUGAAGAAAUGGAAUCAAUUGCAUCCUUGGAAGAACACAGUAGAAUCGAAUGCUGCUUAUCAUUGAUACAGGUAGAUGGAUUGUUUCUCGAUGAGAUUGAUGGGGCAAGAAGAUUUGCUAAGGCACUAUCACAUAAGAAAAAAGGGCAGAUUGAUGAAGCAGUAAUUAAUGAAUGUGAUGAUGCUAUAUUUGUGAAGAGCCUUUCGGAAUCGGAGUCUGGAAAGAUACUUCUUAAGAGAAAUAUGGUUAUGAACUUAUGGCAAGACAUUAUAAAUGCGGGAAUUGUUCCGGUAUGUGUUGAGGAGCUUCAAAGACUUGCACUUGAAAAUGAUUACAUGGUCUAUCCAUUUGACUAUCCAACAUCUAGGCUCUACAGAGACUUUGAACGAUCACAUGUAGAGCCUAUAAAAAGGAAGUAUGAGAGAACACCAAAGUCAAAGAAGAUGGAGCUUAACAUAAAUCUCAUGUACAUAUACACCGAUGCCUCGGUUGAAUUUGUUUCUUUUGAACUUGAGAAAGGCUUUGCCGAUAGAUGUGCAUUUAUAUUCAAUGAAAAUGAAGACGUGGUUGGGCGUGUAAUCAGGGGAGGGUUUUGUUUUACAAAGGGGUUGUGCAGAGGACUAUGCUAUAUUCUCUGUGAUGUUGAGGAGGGAGAUGAAUUCUACUCCCGAAACCUUAAUUCAUCGUCUUUUAGCCAGAUAAAAGUAACAAAAGUUUUUAGAUGGCCGUAUUCUGCGAUUUUUAAAAACAAUGGCUUAGAAUAA